UCAAACACACGCCACUACUGUUGUUAUCAGACACCAUAGAAUAUUUCACAACAACUCGAAAUUCGAAUUUGAAAAUGGUAGAAUCCAGUUUUGUUUGGCAGCGGAACGCGUCAUCACUGAACUGAUAGGAGAAGCAUUGGGGGCUUGUCUGGACGAAUGGCGAAUAUGGACUAUCAGCGGGAAGUUCAAAACUUUAGGAGAAAUGCAAGCGCUAGGUCAUCGUGUUCUUCUCUCGCCAUGGAGAUAAAAAGAAAGAAAAUAAGAGAGAACACGGUAUUCUUGCAAUCAGAGGACACUAACAUGCAGGAGAAGAUAGACUUUGAGAUCCGCAUGCGAGACGGGGCCUACAAGCUCCUGGUGGCCAGCACCAAUAGAGAGCAGAUCCUGAAUGCCUCCAAGAACCUCCUGACCUGCAACACUCGGAUCAAGGCCUACAUGACAGAGAUGCACAAGAAGGAGGACCACGAUAUGAGAGUUGCAUCUCGGAGGAGACUAUCAGAUCGCAUUUCAAAUGAUCAUAUGGCCUGCAGAGGAAAAGUGGCAUUGUCUGGGCUGCGGAUACCGUUGAUGUGGAAAGACUCAGACCACUUUAAUAACAAAGGGAGCUCGCGGCGGGUUGCCAUCUUCUGCCUGAUGAGAAUUGGAUCAGAAGUUUUUGACACUGAGAUGGUGGUUGUGGACAGAUCUAUGACGGAUGUUUGUUUUGAGGGUGUAACGGUUUUUAACGAUGUUGGGCCUGCCUUCGAGCUGAAGGUGGAGCUCUAUAGCUGUGCCAUAGAGGAGGAGACCACCCUGGUCAACACCCCAAAGAAACUGGCCAAGAAGUUCCGCAGUUCAUUCGGCAGGGCAUCUGGGAGGAAACUCUGCCCCCUGCUUGAAGCUGGAGACCCCGACGCUUUCCUGCAGUCCAACCCAAUACCCCUGGGGGCAAGGUACAGCCUGCUGGCGUACACCUCUCUGGGCUUGGCCUGGGCCGAUGGGGGCUUCCAGUCCCAUUCUCUCAUAGUCCUCCAGGAUGCUGAGUCGUCCUCCUGGCUGCCUCUCUAUGGGAACCUCUGCUGUCGUCUAGUUGCCCAGCCCAUCUGUAUGACCCAGGACAUGAUGAAUGGCUAUCUGAUUCAGCAGCAAAGUGUGGAGGGGCUGUCCCGGUGCUGCAGCCUGUACUGUGUGCUCAGGGCUGGGACUCUGUUCUGCUACUACACCCCUGAGGAGAUCACUGCCAAGGUGGAGCCCAGCCUCAUCAUACCCAUCAACAAGGACACUAGGAUCCGUGUGGUGGAUAAGGGCCCUCAGAAGAGGUCCAACAGUCUGACCAUCACCAACCCAGUGGUGGGGGGUGCUCUGACCAACGUCUUCACAACUGACAGCAGGGAGGAGCUGGAGGACUGGAUGGAGGCAUUCUGGCAGCACUUCUACGACCAGAGUCAGUGGCAGCACUGCUGUAGUGAGCUGAUGAAGAUUGAGGUUACGUCGCCAAAGAAACCCCCACUCUUCCUCACCAAACAGGCCGACUCUGUCUACAAUGACCUGAGUAUAAAUUCUCCUGGAAAGUUUGAGAGUAUCACCGACAUCAUCCACAACAAAAUCGAGGAAACAGGGGGCCGCUUCCUCAUUGGUGAGGAGGAGGCAAGGGAGCCUCCUAAAUGGUCCACUCUGUUUGACGGGUCCCUCCCCAUGGUGGUGCAGAAGAGUGUUCUGUCUCCGGGCAAAGAGAGUCCCUGUCCCAGCCCCACUCCCAGCUCCAGCUCUGUCUCCAAUGGCAACAAGAAGAGGCGUGCCCCGCCCCCACCUGCUGACAAGCAGCCUUACGGCUUCCCUCCAGCCAGACCCCCUCCUCCGUAUCAGGAGAAGGACAACGUUGGGGCUGGGGCGCGAACCAAGACAGGAACCAAGACAGGACGGCCCUCGCUGGACGCCAAGUUCUCUGCCAUCAUCCAGCAGCUGCAGAGGAACCCUGGUGGCCUGUCCAGAAAGAACGCCCCCCUGGGCCAGAUGGAGCCUCCCCAGCUGGAGCUGGAGUACCCCCAGACUCCUGAUGUCCCCCCCAGGCCUGCCCCCGUCCCUGCUCCACGCAACAAACUGAGGAAGUCCUUAAGGGAGAAGAUGAACCCUAAAGCCUGGUGACUGACUGAACAAGGGACCUUACCUGGGACUAAGGACUGAAGACAGGGUCGCCAGUGGCCCAAAUAUGCCUCUAACUUUUACUAAUAGGACCUAUUCAGGUGUUUUAGGGGAAUUUCUUAAUGACUAAGCGACCGUCCUUAAUGAAACUGUCUUAAUCGAAUUUAUGCCCAAGUGUCCAAAUACUCACUGUAGGAAUCUUAGCAUGUAUGGACUGCAAAUACACUUGUGAAUGUCUGAAUGUGGGACCUUUGGGAUGAAUAACGUUCUCGUGGUUCUUUUGACAGGGUGUACCUAACCACUACGAUAAUAGACUAUGAUAAUAGUCCUUAAUGCAUUGGAGGCCUUUCUAACCAGAACAUAUCACUGAAACGAUAUAUAUUGAACACUUAUCAGAGACACAGCGAAUGGUGGAUCUAAUGUAAGCAUUGCAUGAAAUGAUGUUAUAGGCCAGUAGAGGAGGAGAAAGAAGUUCAGGUUUGCACUGCACUCAAUAUAAGCAGUGGCCUGAUGAUUGAAAUGGGACAUGACACUUUCUAGUGGACCAAACUAAUGCACAGUACACCGUGGCCUGAGCCAGUUAUCACUUUCUCUUUUUACAAUACAAUGACAAUAAUUGGUUUUAAGGAAAUGUUUUUGAAUUGUAGAUGUAUCAUUAUUGUACCAAAUCAUUUGCACUUUUUUUUUUGUAGUUAGACUUGCUAAAAUACACAGGAAUUCAAAGCACCAUGCCGUUUCUCAUUUUUAAUUCAAUUGAAGUAUUUGUUAACAAUAUUCGGUGGAAUAUGUUUGAAGCUAAUGGUUGUACUAGACAUUUCUGAUUUGUUAUUGUUGAAAAUGUGUAUUGAUGUUUUGUGUAGCCCUAAUGUAUUAGAUUAUGUUGUUUCCCUCCACUCAUAUACUGUAAGAUAUCUAAAGGUCUUUCAUGCUCUGGAUUAAAACCCAUUUCUACUA